ACUAAAUACAACAACCUUGCUGGCAGCGAAAGGCUGAUACCGCACAUGCCGCCCUCGUGAGCCUGUCAGGCGGAUUCCCUGGUCAAAUAGAGGCCCUGGCGCUCCGAGCUAAGGAGCGGGCCCACCGACACGUUCAGUUACGGAGAUUUGCUUAAGGAGACUCGACACCAGAAAGCCAAAGAGCUGAGAAUACGCACCCCACUGAGCAAAUUUACCGAGUAUUACUGGUGGAUUUCACAGACAGCCCUUCUCACCCACGGAAGGGAUUUUGCAGCAGAGUUACACAACUUGCUGUGGGAUGUGCCAAAGUCCUUUUGACCCAGGAAGUACCUCCUUUUUGUGAUGUAAAGCUGACUUUGUGUUGGGUGCAAACUGUGAGGUUUUCUAACAGAGCGAUGGAAACCGACUCGCCUUUUUUGCUGGCUGCUGUGUCCCUUCUGUCUGCCCUUCAUAUGGGCUACCUGGCUCGGUUGGUUGGAAGGUCCAGGAUGACCCACAAUAUCAUGCCUCCUGUUGUCAGCGGACCUCCAGAAUUUGAGAGGACUUUCCGUGCACAUCAGAACUGUGUGGAGUUCUACCCUCUGUUCCUGGUGUCGCUGUGGACCUGCGGCAUGUUCUUCAGCGAGGUGGCUGCAGCUACAGCAGGGCUGGUGUACAUGGUCGCCCGACAGAUGUAUUUCAAUGGAUAUGUCACAUCCGCCAAAAAAAGGUUACCUGGUUUUAUCCUGGCUUUGGUUGUCCUUGGCAUUCUGUCUCUGCUGGGUUGGAUCGGAGUACUGCGUGGAAUACUAUACAAGUACUUUCACAUCCAGCUUUGAAAAAGUUCAUCAAACUGUGCAGACCAACCGAUAAAGAAAUAAAAGAUAUAAGUGACCAACUUA